AUUCUUCCUCCAACUAAAGCUCAAUAACAUCAUGUCUUACAACUGUGUAGGAGUCGUCACCGGCGCAAACAAGGGUAUUGGACUCGCAAUUGUCCGCCAACUCGCGCUUCAAUACCCAAAGUCACCGCUUAACAACGGGCCCUUUCUGAUAUACCUUACCGCGCGCGACCAGGGCAGAGGAGAAGCUGCUGUCAAGAGUCUAGAGCAAGAUGCGCAAUUGAAGCAGGCAAAGGCAUUGAAGGCUGAUGGCGGACUCUCUGAAAUACGAUUCCACCUGUUGGAUAUCACGAGCAGCAGCAGCAUCAAGGACCUAGCGGACCACCUAAAGCAAACACAUAGCGAUGGCAUCGACUUUGUCAUCAACAACGCCGGCAUUGCCAUGGAAGGCUUCGAUGCCAACGUGGUCAAAACCACACUCGACUGCAACUACUACAAAACCCUCGAAGCAAGCCGGACCUUUAUCCCCCUCCUCAAACCCACCGGCCGCAUCGUAAACGUAGCCAGCAUGGCCGGCAAACUCAACAAAUACUCGGAAGAAAUCCGUAACCGGUUCCUGGCCUCAAAAACCGAAGACGAUGUUACAGCCAUCAUGAAAGACUUUGCGGCGGCAGUAGAGGCAGGCAAGGAGAAGGAGGCAGGGUUUCCCAGUGCAGCAUACGCCGUCAGUAAGGCAGGGCUGAUUGGUGGGACAAAGGCGCUCGCGAGGCAACAGAAGGAAGCGGGCAGUGGGGUAUUGAUUAAUGCAUGUUGUCCCGGUUAUGUCAAUACGGAUAUGACAAAGGGGAAUGGGGUUAAGACUGUGGAUGAGGGUGCUCAGACGCCGGUUUUGUUGGCGAUUCAGGAUAUCCACGGGAAGACGGGCAGUUUCUGGCAGAGUGAGAAGGAGAUUGAUUGGGUUGGAUAGGCAUGUGGGGUAGCAGAUUAAAUGACAUAUGCACUAUUCAUCUACUAUGC